AAAUAAUAAUCGCUCGAUUAUUUUUCAUUAAAUAAAUUAUCACAAUUAAAAAUUUAUACAUGAUUUCCAAAAUCCCUCUUAGAUUGUUAAGCACCAUCCAACCAUUGAAGAUGACAAGAGUAUUUGCUCCAUUCUGCACCCAAUUGGAGAAGGUCAAUAAAACUGGAUAAAAGUUAGUGAAGAUAGUUGAGAAAGAAUUGAAAUACGAGAAAACCAAUUACGUUGAGGAUGACACAGCCAUUCAAUUCGUCGAAAAGGCCGGAUUCCAAUUGGUCGACGACGAAGCCAAUCACGAAGUCACAUUAGAAAAGAAAGUAGGAGAUGUCAAAGUCAUCGUGCAAUUCCAAUCAAGACAACCCAAUUAAGACGAAGGAGAAGAAGAAGAAGCAGAAGAACAAUAGAAAAAUAAGUAAAAUCAAGAGGAAGAGGAAGAAUAAGAAUCACAUACUGAAUAUGCCGAUUUCACAGUUUAUCUCCAAAAAAGCAAUGGACAAAUCUUAUGCUAUGAAUGCAGCACUUCAUAAGGAGAAGUUAAUGUUAACAUGGUUAGUUUGAUUAAGGACUUAGAGGCUCACAAGUUGAUUCCAAGAUUUGAGAGAGGAUUAUAAGAUUACUCAGGCCCAGAUUUCAUUACUUUAGAUGAGAGAUUACAAUUGGCUUUGGUCGACUAUUUGAAAGGAUUUGGAAUUAACGAUGAAUUGGGUGCAUUCAUUGAACACUACUCAUUGGACAAAGAAUAAAGAUUGUACAUCUAAUGGUUAAACUCAUUGACAACCUUCUUGAAGAAUUGA